GUACUUCGCCAUGGGAUAUCAGGAUAAGAUCACAGAUUUUCCACAAAUGGUGCGUGAGGCUGGCUUUAAAUUGCGUCAAUAUCGCGAUGGUCCUUUAGACUGGCGUCAAAUGGGUUCGUAUGAAACGGAACGCAUACUGCGAGAACAAAAUUUCGAGAUGGUGGACAAGGCAUUGACACAUCUAUCCGAAGCCCCAUUAGGCACUGUACUGGAGACGCAUAUUCUAGAUAGUGGGAUAGCCAAGUAUUUUGUAAUGUCCCAAUACGCUAUACAAUAUCUACUUUGUUGCCGCACAUAUCUUAAUGAGUUGGUUGUGGAUUUGCGAGAGGCUCAUUCUGUAGCUCAGAUAGAUAUAGCUAAUCUGAGAAAGUCACUCACAGAUUCCAAUCAUGAGGUGGUGCAAUUACACAAAAAGAUUACCCAAAUCGAAACGAUACGCGAAGUUGUCUAUCCAUGUCACCUGUGCACGAAGAAUUUUAUAAGCAACGAAUCCUUAAAUAUACACAUAGGACGCAAACAUCGUGUGGGAUCACCACCCAGCCUAAGUCAAUCUGGUGGGGUUAAGGAGAAGGACAAGUGUCGAGAUAAUGAUAUGCAUUUGAUUAACACCAUUAAAAUGGAGUUGGAGAUCAAGCAAUUGAAAGAGCGUCUCAAUGCUGCCGAACGUAAUAUCAAAGAGCGAGGAUCAAAGCAUUUGGGAGCCACAAGUACUACUGCUGAUAAUUCAAGUCCUCGGAUGGAUCAGCGCACUGUUGGCAUUCAGAGCAAUCUGGUUGAAGAAAAGGAGAAGGAAGAUCUCAAAAGUGAGAUGACCGAACUAGAUACUAGCCCAGAACGGAAGGAGCGACUUCAUGGACUGGCGGAGAAACUGCAACAUUUUGAGACCUGGCAAAUGCAAUUAAAGCAAAGCAAUGAACAGUUUGUUCAGGACAUUAAUAAAAAACUAGAGGAUCUCAGUCAUGCCCUUGAGCAAAAUAAACAAGCUAUUACAACAGAUGCAGCGAGUCCAUCCACAGAAGAGCGUUUAGGCACUCCGCGGCUAGAGGAUUUGGAGCGGAUCCUAACCGAAAAAGUAACUGAAAUUGGCAAAGUCAGUGCUAACAAACUAGAAGAGGUUGUUCAUCACUUGGAAAUGGGCUACAAGGAUAAAUUAGAUGCCCUCGAACGUGAACUGAAGCAAAUUAAUACACGACGGUUAUCAAACGAACCAGAAAGCAAGCUGGAACCCGUUGCACUAGUAACAAAUGUCUCUAAAAUACCCAAACCCAUUGUUAACCGUAGAGAAAACAGCCUGGAGCACAUUAAAAACCAGGUGGAACAAGAAUUUGUGGAGAAAAAACGAGAUGAUGACACUUAUUCCAUUGAGGAACUGCCAAAACCUUUAGUAACUCAAGUUCAAGUUCAAGUACAUGAAGCAAAGCAGCCAAUCGUUGAAAGUUUAACCGCCAAUCAAUCGAACAAAGAAAUUCAACAAACCAGCGAUUCUACGGACAUCAGCGAAAGUCUCAGCCAUGAAGACGAUGACAAGGCAGAGGGACAGAGUCCCAGCGAGGAAGAUAGCGAAGUUUUGACCUCUGAUCGAGAGUCUUUUGAGGAAAUUCUGAAGAAGCCAUCGCCUAUUAUUAAUCCUGCCUUUAAGAUGAGUCCUCCAAAAGCUAUGACUCGUAAGGAUAUGCGCAAGCUUGUUAAUCGUAAACUGAGCUCUCAUGGAUUUGACAUGAAAUCGAAACAAAUUUCCCACACGUCAAUGAAAAAAUUAAACAUGGAAUUGGCCGAGAACCGCAACAAACUGAAAUUGCAAUAUCCAAAUUUCUAUGCUACUCGCAAUCGGAUACGUAAAUUUGUUGAGAAACUCUGUUCCGCCAAAUUGCCCCAACAUGCUGAGGUUCUAUUGAAGCACAAGACGCCGCUGCAACCGAUUGAAGUGCCCAAAAGAAGAGCGAAGAACCAACGAGCAGUUACCACAGAUGAAGACAAUCUGGAAAAACAACCAGACGAAAAGGACGACAGUGCAUCGUCUAGUAGUCGCAGCACCAGUCCUCCUCGGCGACAAGUAUCGCACGACUUUAAAGCUCAUCUCGAUCAGAUUUUGGUCAAGCCAGUAGCAGCAGUAGCUUCCAAGUCCUCUCUAAGUGCCAGCGGUAAUGCUAAUCCCAGUCCAAAUGUUCGACCAGUGCCGCUGCCUAGAAAACGAGUAAUGUUCAAUACUUUGAGCAGUGGUAAGAGUUUUAAUGAACACGACGAGAAUUAAACGAAUAAAAACUUACCCAACUUUAAAUAAUGA